AUGGCUCAAGCUUCUGCAACUAUCCCGUGUAUACUGCCAGAGACUAGUGGACAUCCUACUUUCAGUUCGGUGUCUUGUCAUCCGGAUAUAUUGUGGAGUUGGUGGGAGGUUGAGAGGGGACAACUUUCCAAGACGGUUUGGAGUUUGGGUCCGUUUGAAUGUCCCGAGUUGUAUACUACAGCGACGGUCACGGAGGUGGCUGCUGAACAGGUUGAGGUCGUGUGUUGUCCUUCGCAAGUACAAGUCAUUUCGACUCUGGUUAGUAAACUUGCUGAUUAUUGUAGGAGUUACACUUUUGUGGAAAAGGUGCCUCGGAAUAACGCUGGACAAUGCAUGUCGCCGUUGAAGGUAGGCCAGGAAAUGGUAUACACUACCAACAACAGCAUUCCGCAAGAGCCUCCGCCUACUGCUAUUGCGGAUGGCAACGAUAGGGCAGUAUCCAAAAGACAGACGGUAGAACACCCCUGCUUUUCCUGGGGUGCUUGGUCAACAGGAAAGCCAGUAGGCCAUCCUUGCUGGCUUACAGAAUCUCAACCUGCUUAUACAGUUACGACUUCGACGAUCACAGCUCCAUCUCAAGUGUAUGCUUUCCAUGUAAAUGGAAGGAAUUUGGUGGCGAGACCAACAGUCAACGCAACGAAUACUACGAGAGUAGUUUGGGUAGCACGAGUAGUGUUACUCUCACAACCAACACCACCAAUGCUCAACAGCCAUUCUCUACUCCUAGCGAAGCGGUAG